AUGUCUCUUGCAGCCACAAUGAUCGUUCUUUCUCUUCUCUUUAUCACCGUCACUGUCUCAUCAUCACCUCCCGGUGGCUUCACCAUCGACUUAAUCCACCGUCGCUCUAAUUCCUCUUCUUCUCGACUCUCUAAGACUCAGCUCGGAUCAUCACCUUACGCCGACACUAUCUUUGAUACCUCCGAGUCCUCAUAUUAUAUGAAACUACAAAUCGGUACACCUCCUGUCGAGAUCGAAGCCCUCAUAGACACCGGAAGUGAACUCAUAUGGACACAAUGUAUGCCUUGUAUUAACUGCUUCGACCAACAAGGUCCCAUGUUCGACCCUUCAAAAUCCUCAACCUACAAAGAAAAAAUAUGUGACGGCCAUUCUUGUCCUUAUGACUUUAUCUACGGAGACGGAAGCUAUUCCAUAGGCAACUAUGCAACCGAGACGGUCACGAUCCAAUCCACUUCAGGCCAACCUUUCGUGAUGCCUGAAACCACCUUUGGUUGUGGUAACAACAACUCAGGUUUCAGCUCAACCGGUUCAGGCAUUGUUGGUUUAAGUUGGGCCUCGACGUCACUCAUCUCUCAGUUGGGUGAAGACUACAUAGGUCUUUUCUCUUACUGUUUUUCCGGUAAAGGAACUAGUAAGAUCAACUUUGGAAGCAAUGCUAUCGUGGCAGGAGAUGGUGUUGUAGCAACCACUAUGUUUAUAAAGAAGGAGCAACCAGGUUUCUAUUACCUAAACCUAGACGCGGUCAGCGUUGGAGAGACCCGGAUUGAAACAUUAGGGACACCGUUUCACGCCUUGGACGGGAACAUUGUCAUAGACUCUGGAACCACUUUCACGUACUUGCCUGAUAGCUACUGCAACAAAGUGAAGGAGGAAGUGGCAAACGUCGUGAAAGCAGAACAAGUAACUAACUCGGACGAUAUGCUUUGCUACACGUCAAAGACCGUAGAUAUCUUUCCGGUGAUCACAAUGCAUUUCUCCAACGAUGCAGAUCUUGUCUUGGAGAAAUACAAUAUGUUUGUGGAUGUGGGAGGAGAUGUCUUUUGUCUGGCGAUUAUGUGUUCUUCGAUGACACAAGAUGACGGUAUAGCUAUUUUUGGGAACAGAGCACAGAAUAAUUUCUUGGUUGGUUAUGAUUCUUCUUCUUCGGUGGUUUCUUUUAUGCCCACUGAUUGUUCUGCGUUGUGGAGUUAG